ACACCAAAAAUAGCAGCAGCGAUUUAGACGAACACUAGGGCGAAGCUUUCUGUUACUCUUCCUAUUCGUCCCUGUCAGUUCCCACCAAUCCUCACUUCAGACAUUUCGAAUCAUUUUCUCCAGCCGCAUCCUGACUUGCGUGGCCGUGUCGAGUCGACUCGCUUCCAGAACUGGGGCUGCCUCCAAUUCACCUCUUUUCCCCUAUUUCUCGAGCUUCUCAAAUCUGAAGCUCGUGUCGCCGCCGAACUGGGGUGUGGAAGACUUAUUUUGUUUCUUUCUUUCUCUCCGAACUUCUCAAAACUAGGAAAGCACGUUGUUGCGGUGAAAGGUUACGGCUGCCACAGUCCAGGUAACGACUUUUGAGUCGAGUCGAAAAUCACUUCGGUGACUUUGUGACUUUCGAGGUGAGGCUUGAAAGUCACCCCGAAAGCACGUCAUUGCGGCGUUUGGUUACUGCUGCCACGGUCCGGGGAGGCGAAACGCGGGCGUGUUUGGCGUGUGGUGCUCGGGACGUGAACGAUUACCUACGUGCGACGCCGCGUUAGCAACGUUGAAUCCCAGUUCCUCGUCCCUGUUGGGACCUGCGUUUGAGUCGACUCACAAGUAGCUACGUGCGACGCCGCGUUAGCAGUUGAAUCAAAUCCCACUUCCUCGUCCCUGUUGGAACGGCGGCCGAGGUCCAGUGGGUGACGAAUGUCGAGCUAGCAGCGCGAAGGACACUUCCGGGAUAUCGUGGCUGAGCGUUUCGGAAGAACGAGCACAUAUUCUUCCAGGGUAGCGUUUCCUUUUUUUUCCUUUUUUUUUUUUCCAGGAACGAUAGAGCCAGCAGCGCUAGACAGUUAUUUCCGGGAUAUCGUUGCUGAGCGUCGUGGCCUCAGAGACGACUCAGAAGCCACCUCGUUUCCGAAGAACGAUACCGGAUUCUUCCGGAUUCUUCCGCGUUUCCUCGUUUUCUCGCAAUCUUAGUGUUGAGUCUAUAGAGCCGAGCCGAGGAUGUCCGAUUCUGGUCGCAGUGAAGGGGCAGGCGGAGAGGGGAUGCAGGCUGAUUCCCCUCUUCCUUCCUCACCUGACCCGCUUCCUCCGUCCGCUCAGCAACACCAGCAGCAGCAACCAGAUGCCCCAGCAGCAGCAGCAGCAGCAGGAGCAGCUGCAACAGGCUCGGCGUCCAAACCUGCAGUUGGCUCGGCGACCGAGCCUAGACCGUCGAAGCGGCCGUCAAAACAUCAGGUGGUGGAUCCGAAGCUUCAGCAGGAGAUCGUGGCGCUGAAGCUGGCGCACCCCGUCCUCACCAGCGCUCAUAUCGCGCGCGCGGUCUCUAAACUAUACGGCGUGCUGAUCAAAGAGUCGCAGGUGGAGAUGAUCAUUCUCAGAUCCGCUGUAGGCCAGUCCGUUAAGGACGACUGGACCAAGUGGAAGCGUACGCGUUAUAAGAACGCGCCGCUGGAGGAGGCGCUGGUGCGGUGGGUGCGGGAGACGAGGGAGAGGGCGGACUCCGACCCGGCGAAUAUAAUCAAAGGGGUUAAAAGGCGUUUCAAGAUUAUUGAGAUCCAGGAGCAUGCGAUGAAGUUAGGACCGUCGUAUGGCGUGCCGGCCGCCUUUAAGUACGGCGGGGAUUGGAUUAAGAAGGUUCUAGAGGAGAACGGCUUGAGUAAGAAAGGAGAGGAGAUGAAUAGGGAAGGAGGUGAAGGGUCGGGCGAGGGUGGUGGAACCAGUGCAGCAGGUUUUGGGGAAGGCAGCAGUGAAGGUUUGGACCGAGGCGGGAGCCCAGGCUCGGAAAAGCCCAAGCCGAAACGGGGUUACGGUCGGAACGAGAUUCCCUUUGAGCUCCGGCUUCGGUAUGAGAUUGCUGUGGUUAAGCGCGCACGGCCGCACUUAGAGAAUAAGGUGAUUGCCGCUGCUAUUAGGGCUAAGUACGGAGUGGAAAUGACCCCGAGGGCGAUUAGGAAGAUUGGGGAGGAGAGUGAUAAGUGGUUCAGGCUGGCUGCUGGGGCGGUGGCUGAUCCGGAGCAGUCCAGGAUGGAGGAGGCUUUGGCGGAGUGGGUGAUUAAAGAGGAGGAGACUGAAAAGAGGGAGGUUACUCGGGAGGAGAUUAUAGCGAAGGCGAAGGAGAUCGGGCCGGGGUUUAGACUGAGGAGGGAGUUUAGGUACGGGAAGACGUGGGCGACCGGGUUCAUGAAGAGGUUUGGGCUGCUGCUGCUGUCGGAGACUAGUACCAAGGACGAUAAUAACGAGGAUGGGGGAGGAGAAUUUGUGAAUCUGCAGAUGCGAGCGGCUGACCGCGCUGCUAGGCAGGUUUUGCACGAGACAGCAGCGGCAGGAGGCUCAGGUGCAGCAGUAGCGGGUGCAGAAACGCACACAGAAGGAGUGGGAGGGGAAGGAGGGGAAGGAGGGGAAGGAGGGGCAGGUGGGGGAGGUGUGGGAGGAGGGGAAGGGGAAGCUGGAGGUGGUAUGAGUAGCCCCGAGCCUGAGUACGGGGAUGCAGGGGAAGGGGGUUCUCCGAGGGUAAAUAACCCUUGGUCUGCGGAUAUCUUGACAGAGUUGUACAAAGAAGAGGGGGUGACCCCAGCUGGUAAAUCAGCGCCUGGUGAAGGGGAGAGAGGCGUGGAAGGGGAUAUAGUGGGAACAGAGGAAGGGGAAAGGAGUGGGGAGGGCAGAGGAAGUAGGAACGAUGAGGAGAGAGGGAAGAGAGUUGGGGAGAUUCCUAGGGAGCGUGGCGUAGGGGAUAUGGAUAGGGACACUGAAGGUGGUAGGAGUGGAGGCGAAGAGGGGGCGCAUGGAAAGAGGGCAGGGGAAGAUGCAGUAGAGAGGAGGAGGGAAGGAGAAGAGGGGCCAGAAGUUGGAAAUCAAGCUGCAAAUUACGCUGCUGGUGAUGUUGAUGCUGGUGUUGGCGCUGCUGCUGCUGAUGAUUCUGAUGCUGAUAAUGAUGCCGCUGAUGCUGAUGCUGUUGAUGCGGACAUCCCCGGUAGCGCUGAUGCUGCAACUGCUACAGGGAUGAGAAGGAGAGGCGUCAAGCGGGUGAGGUGGGAGGACGAGCAGCAGGAGGGGCAAAGCGAGGAGGGGGGGAAGAGGAAACGAUGGGAUGGGGAAAGGCAUGAAGACGGUGGUGAGGGGUUGGAGGGGGUUGAGGGGGAUGGUGAUGGUGGUGAUGGUGGUGGUGGGGACAGGGGAAUGGCUGUUGAGCGGGAGAACCAAAGGGAUGCAGCACACACUGCAGCACGGAGUGCAGUCAGAGAGGCCUUCGGCACUAUUAUACUGGACGAAGGGGAGGAGACGGAGGGAGGCGCGAUGGUGGAGACGAUCGUACUUGACGACGGGGGGGAAACAGAGGGAGGAGGUCGCCCUAAUGAUCAUGCACGCACGGGCUCUCAUGUGGAAGGGGAAAUACAGGGGGGCUCUGAGGGCUCUGGUGCACACACGGAAUCUGGAGCGUUUGGAGCGUGCAAGGUCGCUGGUGCACACAACAAGGGUGCAUCCGCCACCGCCCCAGCCACUGGUGCAGCCCUUACCGCACCCGCCUGCGUCUCGUCUCCCUUCCCUAUCGUCCUCGCCCUUGCCGCGCCCAACGCUCCUGUUGGUUCCGCCACGCCGCACCCCACAAACGCCCUGUACUCUUCCCUGGCCCCGCAGCCCACAAACGCCCCACAACCUGCAGGCACCCCUCAACCCACAAACGCCCCAAGCCUCUCUGAAACUCUUCACCCAACGGCAAACCGUCGCACCGGUUGGCAGCUGACAGCGGGUCAGAAGCGGGCCAUCUGCCUCGUGCUCCGGGCAGUGCCGAGCCUGCGCCGAGCCUCCCUCGCGGAAGCUGUCCUGCAGGCUUGGGGGGUGAGCCUGUCCACUCAUACUGUACGUCACAUUGCGGAGCAUCGUGAUUGGUGGAUCAGGAUUCCGAGGGGGAAGGAGGAGGAAAUGGGUAAUAGAAAAAAGGGCGGGAGGAGGAGUGACAAAGGGGUGGGGAGGUGUGCGAAGCUGGAGGAGGCUCUGGGGAGGUGGGUUGAGGAGAUAGGGGCGGAAGAGCUGGUGAGGAGGGGGAGGAUCGAGAAGGGGAUUCUGGUGCUGAAAGGGAAGGAGGGGGGUGUGGAGGCGGAAGGGGCGGGUGGAGAAGGGGGAGGGGGAGGUGGAGGGGGAGGUGGAGGGGGAGGUGGAGGGGGGAGAGGAAUGGGGCAGGGGAGAGGUGGCUCUUCGUCUGCAUUCCUGACGCUAGAGAUGAUUGUUGACAUGGCUAAGAAGUUAGGACCGUCCCUAGGUGCGCCUCCUGGCUUUAAGUAUGGAGAAAGAAAGAAGGGAAACAACUGGGCACGGAAGUUUAUUGAGCGGUAUAAGGGGAGGAAGAGGAAGGAGGAAGAGCAGGCUGGGAGGAAAGGAGCAGGGGAAGGAGCAGGGAGGCGGGAGAAAGGCAAGGGAGAGGGGGAGGGGGAGGAGGAGGAGUGGGAUGAGGGGGAGGAGGAGGCGGAGGAGGAGGAAUGGUCAGAUGGGGAGUAUUGUGAUGAUGACGAGGAUCGGGAGGAAGAGAGUGAGGAUGGGGACAGCAGCGAUGAUGAUUAUAACGAGGAUGAGGGGGAGGAUGAUGAUGUGGUGGAGGUUGUAGGAGGAGAGGAGAAGAAGCGAGGGCGGAGCCAAGAGAGGGGAGGAGGUCAGGAAUCGGAGCAGGAAAGAGGUGGGAAGCGAGGGAGAACCACCGCUGCUACAGCGCCAGGAGGCACCCAAGCUCUUCACGAUCCAGGAAAGGUGGGAAAAGAGGGAGAAGGGAAGGAGGGAAAAGAGGGAGAAGUUGGAGAAGAGGGAGAAUCGGACCUGUAUGCGUUGGAGAAGUGGGCGGACGAUGCGGACGUCUCUAGCCUCAUGCGGAGUCUCUACGGAACUGACUGGCUCACCGAGUAUCCCCGCCGCAAGGAUUCUCUCCUCUGCUUCCCUGACCGCACCUCCCCUGAACUCGCCUCCCCUCAAAGCACGCCUCCUCCAACAAACACAUCUGUACGCCGGGCGGGAGUGUCGAGUGGUGGUGGUUCCUGGGCAGAGGGGCUCACAGGGGGGCUCACCGGUUACCGUUCCGCGCACCUCGACCCCCCUCAAGGCACUCCUCCAGACACGUCUGUGCCCCAGCACAGACCACUGGGCGGCAGCCGUGGGACGUGGGCGUACCUUGACCCCCCUUCACCGCUGCCCUCCUCUGCUGCAACUACAUUGGCCUCUGCUCUUGCUGGUCGCCGCGUCACAAGAAGCCAGGCAGCUGCUGCAGGAGCAGGCUCAGCUGGUAAUGCAUCCCCUGAUCUGAGCUCCCAGCGGCUGAUUCUGCCCCACCUGCCAGUGGGCUUGUCCCCGCAACCCUCACCGCAACAAGCAGGCCGCUCACCCCACCCCCUCCCUCGAGCGUCUGACUUAGCUGGUCAGACGCAGCCUGCUGCUUCGACUGCUGCUGCUGCACCUGCUGCCACUUCGCGUGCUGCUACUGCUGUUGUCCCUGCAGCAGGAGGGAUUGCUGAGACUGCUGCGCUGCUUACAGCACUUGGCUAUGGUGGGGGUGGUGCUGGUGCUGGUGCUGGUUUUGGUAAUGCCGGUUUGCUGGGUUCACUGGCAGGUGUGAAUCCACAGCAAGCCCGAGCACCAGGUAACCCGCUGGUGCAACUGCUUGCACUCUUGGCCGCACAGGGAGCAGGAGGGGGUGCUAGUGGUGCUGGUUUUGGUAAUGCAGGUUUGCUGGGUCUACUGGCUGGUGCGAAUGCACAACAAGCCCAAGCACCAGGUAACCCGCUGGUGCAACUCCUUGCACUCUUGGGUGCAACAGGAGCGGGGGGGGGAUCAGGUGUAGGGGGCACAGCAGGGGGAGCAGGAUUAGCACAGGGAACAGCAGGAGUGGCAGGAGGAGCAGGAGUGGCAGGAGGAGCAGGAGGGGCAGGCGGGGCAGGCGGGGGGAGGAGGGAGAGGAGGGCGCGGGAGAAGGAGAGAGCGAGAGAGAGGAAGAGAAGGAAGGCGGAGGAACGGGCUCGGAGGAGGGCGGAGAGAAGACGGGGUGAGAGUGACCGAGGGGAAAGGAGGGAUGAAAAGCGGGGGUUGGAGGAAAGGUCAGGUAAACAAUGCGUGCCCUUUGACAGAGCGUGGAAUGUGCUGGCCACCGGGGGUAAAGGGAGGCAGGAGGAAGAUCGGGCCACAGAGAGAGGCGGAGGAAGGAGUGCGGGGAAGGUGGGCGGCAGAAAGCGGCUGGCAGAAGUGAUUGAGCUCUCAGAAAGUGAGAAAGAGGAGGGAGGGAAAGGUAGAGAGAGUGAGAGUGAGGAGGGGAAAAGGGGGAAGAACGAUGGAGGGAGAAGAGGAGGAAAGGAGCGAGGGAGAGAGGAGAGACGAAGAGGGGUUCGGAAGGGAGACCGGGAGGAAGGGCGGAGGAAGGGAGGGCGGAAGGGAGGGCGAGCCCGGAUCACCACCCACUCUAGUGACGUCAAUGAUGACGAUGAUGAUGAUGGUGAUGAGGAGGAGGAGGGAGCAGCGGGUGGAUCUCCCGCAUUGAACAGGGCAGCACUGGCGGGCGCUGCUGCCCUUGGCAGCAACCCAGGCCAGACGUUUGCUCUGAUGGCGCAGGCCGCCUCGCAGGCUGCAUCUGGGGCGGGCUUGCCUCUCCCGGCGUCAGUCACGCCUGAAAGGGCCGCGGCUGCUCUAGGUGCUGCCGUGGCGGCGGCCGCCGCAGUGGCGAGAGGCGAGCCCCCCAAUGUUGCUGCCUACAACGCCGCUGCCGUCACACGUGGGGGGGGUGCUGCUGGGCUGGGUGCUUCUAGGGACGGGACUGGCGCUUUUAGGGGUGCGUCGGCUGGCGUUGCUGGGGUGGGACCUGCAGGUCUGGUCCAGCUGCUAAAUGCACUAAGUGCUGGUGGAGGGUUAAACGCUGGUGGAGCAGGAAUGGGACCCUAUGGAGCAGGGAAUGCGGGUGUGGGUCAGGCUCUUGGCCUGUUCCCGCCUGCCCCUCUCUAUGCUGGAUUCAGCACUGCUUCCACUGCUGGGGCUCAGACUGUUGCACGCUUCGGUGCCCCAGGCUUCAAUGCCCCAGGCGUUAGUGCCCCAGGCUUUAAUGCUGCACGCUUUAAUGCUGCUGGUACCGCCAAUUUGGAACAUUUUUUUACGCAGCAACAGCAGCAGCGUCAACCGCAGCAGCAACAACAGCAGCCGCAACCGCAGCAGCAGCAGGAGCAGCAGCUGCAGCAACAGCGGCAGCAGGUUCAGCAGCAGCGGCAACCGCAACAGCAGAAGCAGCAGCAAAAGGAACAGCAGAAGCUGGUGCUGGUGGAGCGGCAGCAGCAGCAGCAACAGCAGCAGCAGCAGCAGCAGCAGCAGCAGCAACAGCAGCAGCAGCAGCAGCAACAGCAGCAGCAGCAGCAGCAGCAGCAGCAGCAGCAGCAGCAAGGUGCAUCUGGUUACAGAGCGUCCCUUCUGCAGCAGCUAGAGAAGAUGCACCUGCAGCAGCUGAACCACAUAGCUUAUCUGCAGUACCAGCUGCAGCCGCUGCAGCAUCAGCAGGUGAUGUACCCAUUCCACUCGCAGCAGCACUGGCAGCGCGCGCAUCUAGAGCAGCGCUUGCAGGAUGCCCAGCAGUUCGCAGCACAACAAGUGAGAGAGAUGCAGCAGCUUAGGGCGCAAAUUGAGAAGACGCAACAGCCGCAGCAACAGCAGCCGCAACAGCAGCCAACUGCUCCACCAACUGUAAAUGCGUCUCCUUCAAGUGUUACCCGCACUGCUCCUACUGCUCCUGCUGCUGCUGCUGCUGCUACUGCAGCCUCAAAUGCUGCUCCUUCUGCUGCUGGUAGUGCUGCCGCUACUCCUGCUUCUGGGUCUGCUGCUUCUUCUGCUCCUCGGGUUGCUGCUACUUCUCUUGCGUCUGCUGCUUCUGCUCCUGCUCCUGCUUCUGCUUCUACUCCUGCUCCUGCUUCUGCUUCUGCUUCUGCUUCUGCUUCUGCUUCUACUCCUGCUUCUGCUUCUGCUUCUGCUUCUGCUUCUGCUUCUGCUUCUGCUUCUACUCCUGCUUCUGCUUCUGCUUCUGCUUCUGCUUCUGCUUCUGCCUCUGCUAUUGCUGCUGCUCCAGGCAUUGCUGCCACUACUCCCGCUUCUUCUGCUGCUGCAGAAGCUGCUCCUGCUGGCAUAAUCCUUUCCGCUCCAAAGCCUGCUGCAGCUCUUGUUGAUGCUGCUGGUGGUGAUGCUGGUGGUGAUGCGGGUGGUGAUGCUGCUGGUAAUGCUGGUGGUGAUGCUGGUGGUGAUGCUGGUGGUGAUGCUGCUGGUGAUGCUGCUGGUGAUGCUGCUGGUGAUGCUGCUGGUGAUGCUGUUGGUGAUGCUGGUGGUGAUGCUGCUGGUGAUGCUGGUGGUGAUGCUGCUGGUGAUGCUGCUGGUGAUGCUGCUGGUGAUGCUGUUGGUGAUGCUGGUGGUGAUGCUGCUGGUGAUGCUGCUGGUGAUGCUCCUGCCACUGUGUCAGGCCCCUCAGGGUCGGUUCCACUUGCUGUCGUUUUUGCUGCAGCGGCAGCUGCUGCGGGUGCACAGCCUGAACCGUCAGAGGCCGAAAUCGUAGGUGCUACAGCCGCAGCUGCUACAACUGCACCUGUAGCUGCUACAACUGCACCUGUGGCGGUUACAGCUGCACCUGUAGCAGCUGCAGCCACAUCACCCGAAUCAGCAGAGGCUGGGAUCGCUGCUGCUACAGCCGCAUCCGCAGCUGCCGGGCCUGCGGCUGUAGCUGCUGGAACUGCACCUGUAGCUGCAGCAACUGCAUCACCCGAAUCAUCAGACGCUGGGAUCACUGCUGCUGAGGCUGAUGCGGUCGAAAGCACAAUCAGCAAGAUAAUUGAACAGAAGGUUUCUGACACACCUGCAGCUGCUACAGCUGGUGGGGAUGUGCCUUCGGCUGCUACAGCUGGUGGGGAUGUGCCUGCGGCUGCUGCGGCUGACGGAGAUGUGGCUGUGGCUGCUACGGCUGAUGGGGAUGUGACUUCAGCUGCUAUGGCUGAUGGGGAUGUGCCUGUAGCUGCUACAGCUGAUGGGGAUGUGCCUGUAGCUGCUGCAGCUGAUGGAACAAGAGAUGUGACAGCAGCGACAGAUGAUGGGUCAAUGGAUGCUGCUCCUGAUGGGGAUGUGCCUGUAAAUUCCACAGAUGCUAAGGAUGUGGCUGCAGCUGCUGCAACUGAUGGUGCUACGGGUGACGGUGCUGCAGAUGAGGGGGAAGGAUUCAUUUCACCUGGGCAUGUGGGCCCCACAGAACACGGGCCACAGGAUGACAUGGCUGUAGAUGGAGGCCGAGAGGGCGCUGCAGGCGAUGGUGAUGGCGAUGGUGCUACAGAUGAUGGGACAAAGGAUGCUACAGUCGCUACAGAUGAUGGGAGAAGAGACACUGCGCCUGAUGUUGGCCCUGCAGGACACGCGGCACAUGAUGCCAUGGCUGUAGAUGGAGGGAGAGAGGGUGCCACAGACGAUGCUGCUAUGGAUGAUGGUGCUGCUGAUGAAGGCGAUGGGGCUACAGGCGAUGGGGCUACAGGCGAUGGUGCUACAGGCGAUGGGGCUACAGAUGAUGGGACAACAGAUGCUGCAGCCAGUGCAGGUGAUGGGACAAGAGGCAUUGCAUCGGGGCAUGUUGGACGGCCUACAGAACACGGGGCACAGGAUGACAUGGCUGUGGAUGGAGGUAUUGAGGGUGCUACAGCCGAUGGUGCUACAGCCGGUGGUGCUACGGGUGAUGAUGCUGCAGAUGGUGGUGCGGCUAUGGAUGUCGGCAAUGGUGGGGUUAUGGAUGACGCGAUGGAUGACACUGUUACAGAUGGUCGGACUAUAAAUGACGCUGCUACAGUUACUGAAACAGGAUCCCAAACCAAGAAUACUGGGGCAGAGGGUGGACCGGUCGAUAAACCAGCAGAGGAUGGGGCUAUAGGUGUUGCAGCAGAGGUUGGGGUUACAGAUGUUGCAGCAGAGGGUGGGGCUACAGGUGUUGCAGCACAGGGUGGGGCUACAGAUGUUGCAGCGGGGGAGAGGGGGGAACAGAGGUGAAAGGUGAAUGGACUUGCCACUCUACACAAAUCAGAGAUGAGCUAGACAUUGUAUGCCUGACUCAGGGGAAUCCUGUUAGUAUUUCGCAUGAACCGAUUGAGCAUGUUGUCUAAUGGAUGUUGAAGUAUAUAUUUCAAUAUAUUUUUGUGUAGGCU